AUGUCUUCUUCUUCAGGAGAAGUCACAAUUUCAAAUGACAUUCAGAAGGAAAAUGUGAAGACGGACAGGCGAGAGUGUAUCAAGCUUCUGGCGCUCGAUACCGCGGAGUUGUCUAUGGAGCGCGCAACUUCGAACACUGAUGCGGUCCACAGUGAACUUCUGGUGAGCGCGACCUCUUCCCUGGCAUUCUCCCCGGAGCAAGUGGCGUGCGUCUGCGAGGCUCUACAGCAGGGAGGCAAUGUGGACCGGCUGGCCAGGUUUUUAUGGUCCUUGCCACAGAGUGACCUGCUACGCGGCAACGAAAGCAUCCUGAAAGCUCAAGCUCUUGUCGCUUUUCAUCAGGCUCGGUACCAGGAGCUCUACAGUAUUUUGGAGAACCAUAGCUUCAGUCCGUCCAACCACUCUUCGCUCCAAGACCUAUGGUACAAGGCACGGUAUACCGAGGCAGAGAAAGCGCGUGGGAGACCCCUGGGCGCCGUGGAUAAAUAUCGCCUGCGGAGAAAGUACCCACUCCCCCGGACUAUCUGGGACGGGGAAGAGACAGUAUACUGCUUCAAAGAGAGGUCCCGCAACGCGCUGAAGGAUCUCUACAAGCAGAAUAGAUACCCAUCUCCAGCCGAGAAAAGAAACCUCGCUAAAAUCACGGGACUCUCUUUGACGCAGGUCAGCAACUGGUUCAAAAACAGGAGGCAGAGGGACAGAAACCCAUCCGAAGCACAAUCAAAAAGUGAAUCUGAUGGCAACCACAGCACAGAGGAUGAGUCUAGUAAAGGACAGGAAGAGCUUUCUCCACUCCCCCUCUCCAAUUCAUCUGACGGGGCGAUGACCCAUGGGGCCCUCCCCCUGCAGACAGGGUCUCUGGACAGUGGGUUGGUCAUCAAACAGAUUGGGGACAUCAAGAUGCCCCCUGGAUCCAGCAGUGGGGUUCUCUUUAACGGGAACCUAGUGACCAGUAACCCCUCCACUGUCUUCCAUAACGGUGGCUCGUCUUACCUCCAGGCCCCCAGCAACAUCCUGUUCAACGGGCUCAACCUGGGUGUCCAGCCCCUGGCCUUCAACCCCCAGCGGCUCUCUGGGGGGGUCUUGAUGGGGGGCUCUGGUGUGGACAUGCAGAUGCAGGCAGGCCAGGAGAAGGGGCUGGGCAGCUCCAGUGUGGACUACGCCUCCUACUCCGGCUGUGUGAACGGGGCAGAGGUGAAACUGGAGGGGGUUCACGGCAUGGCAGCUCAAAAUGCCGGCUCGUCCGUCCUCACGUUCAGUUCGUCCUCAGGGGCGCUCCAGCUGGGCGGUUACAGUCAGGUCCAUGUGCACAGCGGCAUAUCUGACGGCAACGGGGCAUCUCUGCUCAACAGCAAUGUAGGUCUUCCUCCUCUGCAGCUCCCCUCUGGCUCCUCCACCUCAGCACUCUCACAAGGUACAAUCCAAGUGAACAAUGUAGCAGUCAGUUCUUCCAGUGAGGACUCCUACCACCACCAGCACCAUCAGGACAAGCUGGCCAUGGCCCCCAUGCACCCCAGCACGGUGCUGUACAGCAUGGGCAACACUGGACAGACCUCCAUCAAGAAGGAGCCCCUGGAGGGAGGCGGGGGCGGUGGGGUGUACUCCUACCACCAUGGCCUUCACCUGGACCCCAGUGGGCAGCUCAGUUACUCCUCAGCCCCCCUAAACUCAGAGGAGGUCCCCUCUAGCCAGGGUCCCACCCCCUCCUCUGAUGUAACCAUGGUCAGCUCCUCCAGUCCAGAGCCUGAGGUCUACACCACCCUUACCGUCAGCACCCCUCUGAUGGCCCAAACAGACCCGAACAGACACCACCUCCAGCCUGGGGAGUACCUCAGGGGCCACAACCCACAACCUGUCCCCUCCUCACACCUCCUGGGCCCUGGCAUGAACAACAACUACAUGUCUGUGUCAGAGAGUAAGGUGGACGCUAGUGGCAAUGGGGUGAAUGAGAUGGUGCGGGUCAUGUGUGGGGAGAUGGAGCCGGGGGAGGAGAAGGAGCUGGCCAAAUUACAGACAGUGCAGAUGGACGAGGAUAUGGCUGACCUUUAA